ACCUGGCCUCCACUGCAAAAUGCCAUAACGGUACAUCCUUCAUGUCCCAAACCUGCUCCCGUUUCAAAAUGAGCCCAUCGUUUGAUUGCUCAUGCUCUGGAAUACUUUAUGAUUUCAAAGGCACGCUCCCAAUGUCAGGCAUCCCUGACAGCUUGCGCAUAUCGCCUGACAAGGGGAUCGUGCCGUCUUAUUAAACCGUGUCGCCUCAAAUCAAGGCAAAAUCCGGUCUGUAACAAGAGCGCAAACUGAGCGAUCAAGUCUUGCUACCAGCCGAUCAAUUUAUCACCAAAUUAUAGAAGCACUCACUAUCGCCAGUGCAUAGCCACCGCCUAUAGCAUUGAACCUGUCGCUUGAAUCCAAGGCGAGAACGAGCAAAGGUCAAAACCACAGCUAACAGCGAGGCAGUUCUACUCUACAGUCAGCCCAUAAACACAGAUAAUAAACAAGUUUAUUUGUCAAGCUUUUUUAUUAUCCCGUAUCAUCAGCGUCGCUCUACCAUUAUACCUAAUAACAGUUCUAGAUACAUCAUGCACUGUGACGAUUAGGAUACUACGCACACUGCUUUCAUUCCUAUGCCUAAAAGGGCAAAAUAAGAGCAUCGUCUCACGGCUUCUACCCGGAUCCGCCGGCAGCUUGUAAUACGUCAUCUCGGCAUUUGCGAUACCUACUUUAAUCAAGCCGCGAUUCACUUCCGCAAAGGGAAAGUCGAAAAAGAGAUACAAAUACCACCACUCUCGCAGGCACAAUCCGUCAAUACAACCUAAACUACUCGCUAACCCGUUAUUACGUACAUGCGGUAAGUGAUCCGCUAAAGGCCCCGAAUCAACCUGAUGGGAGUAUAUACCCCGUGUAUAUGCAAGCUGCUCUAUUCUAGUAGAGAGUGGCAGCAGCAGAUGACAGCAACAAAAAGUAACGACAUGUUUUCAUAGGCGUCCCAAUUCGAUCUCAGUUCUAGCAUAGCAACGGUGCCUGGCAGUAGCGAGUGUAUAAUCCAGAAUAAACGCAAAAGCAUCCCAAGUUCACAUUUCAAAACUCUAAAUUAAUUUCAAACAAUAAAGGACUAAUAUUUUACUCGUAUCACCAUUUUGAACAUCACCAUUGGGCUUGAGAUUCUUGCCGCCCUGGUUAGAGAGCGCCACUCUCCAGCCUAUGCAAACAAACCGCAGGUCCCCGCCAAAAAAAUAUCUGGGGUAGCUCGAAGCUCCAGUUCCCCAAAAUGCCUCCUUCACUCCUGCAUCAACAACAACAUCGAUCCAUUACCCAAUCUCCAUUGACGUCGUUGCCAACUCCAACUCUACUCAAAAUGUCUUUCCGAAUCCCUGCCCGUCGUGCCGCUGUCGCCAUUCGCGCUGCUUCUCAGCGCAGCUUCCACACCACGCCUAGAGCGCUCGUCCGCGUUGGCGACAAGAUCCCCGAAGCAACUGGUCUUUUUGAGAACUCAGCUGCCAACAAUGUCAGCCUCGCUGAUGAGUUCCAGACUGGUAACGGCUACAUCAUUGGAGUCCCUGGCGCCUUUACUGGCACCUGCUCCAGCAAGCACAUCCCUUCUUGGAUCAACCACCCCAAGAUCAAGAAGGUUGGACACGUCUUUGUUGUCUCUGUCAAUGAUCCUUUCGUCAUGAAGGCCUGGGCUGAACAGCUUGACCCUGCUGCCGAGACUGGUAUUCGCUUCAUUGCCGACCCCACAGCUGAGUUCACCAAAGCUCUUGACUUUGGCUUCGAUGGUGCUGCCGCUAUCCUGGGCAACACCCGCAGCAUGCGCUAUGCGCUCAAGGUGGAAGAUGGCAAGGUUACUGAGGUGCACGUCGAGGCCGAUCCUACUGCUGCCGAAGUCACCCUCGCCGAGAAGGUUCUCAAAGCUUAGAUAGCAAUGCCGCUUUGUAUAGUAUCACUCUAAACCAUUUCCCUCCCAUCUUAAAAUCACAUCUAUCAUUAGCAUGCACAAACUCAAUCCGCAAUCUCCGGAGAUCUUUCGUGCAUGUUGUUUCUGCCAGGGCUAGUUGUUGCCUGCCAGGCCCCCGUCGUAGCAAGUCAUUAAUUUAGCAUAUUCACGA